GUCACGCGCCUGGGCAGAGAUGAGAUUAUGGUCGUCUUCGACGAAGCGCCGAUUGACAUCGUCUUCUUGUGCUUCGCAUCAGCUGGCAUGGUUCUCUUCGGCUACACAGUGGAAGGCUUCCACACCUUCAUCUACUCCUUGUUCUUCUGUUGGCGCUCCGGCGUUGGUAUGGACGAUAUCGAUGUGUAUGAAGUCUGGUAUCAGGUGCUGGCUUAUUUCUGGUACUUCACGUACUUGGCCUUGAUGAGUACAUUGAUGAUCAACAUUUUGGUCGGCCUCAUUUUUGAGGCCUACGGUCGCAUCCACGCCAAUGCAGGCGAGCCACCCACUUUGCUGGAGCAGGUGAGUGAAGCUGUGGACACGCUGAAGGAUACCAAGUCUUUCAUCAACAUGUGGUACAUCAUCUGCGAGCUCGAAGAUGAUGAUUUUCCUGCGCAUCCUGCAGAGCUCGUCACGGUGCGAAGUUUAAAGAAAGCUUUCUCCAAAGACAGGAUGACAAAGCAAAAUGCUGAGUACUUGAUCGAGAACGCGUCCGCGUUUGCCAAGAAGCAGGCGAAGAAGAUCGACCUUUCUGUCUCCGACGGCGUGCGGAUGAUCGGUCAAGCGAGGACCAACACCAACAAGUUGCUCUCAUUGUCCGAGCAAGUGAAUGCAAUGCUGCGAAAGUUUCACAUGAAACAUGCAGAGGGCCCGCGAGAAGAAGACUGGCUCAAGACGCUUGGCGGGACAACUCCUCAGGGCCCUCAGGUCGUUAAGCAAGACAGUCCGCAGUCAGGAGUCCAAGACCUUCUGGAUACCACCAACAGGCCCACGACAUCCGCGGCGUCUCAGAGGGAGAAGAAGUCUCGCGAAGAGCUCUUGCUAGAGCGCAUGCGCGCCUUGACGUCGGACUUGAUCAAGAAGGGAAAGGAGCAGCACAGACUGGUGGACUUCAUCGAUCAGUCGAUCCAGGGCCGACAAGAGAGCAUUCAAGAGAAGGAUGCUUGGGGUCGGCAAAAGACCGUCGUCCUCACGGAUCGUUGCGAGAAGAUUGAGAUUAGUAUCGGCAAGCUCGGCGAGUGCCUGAAGGGCGUUGAUCCGACCCAGCUUCGUGGAAUGCCUGAGAAACUCCAGGUUGUGGCAGGGAAGAUUCGCGGCAUCCAGCAAGAGGACAGCAGCCCGACUUCUGUUCACAAAGCAGAUCACAUGUCCGUGCUGCAGGGUCAGCUAAGCAACAUCCACGAAGAUGUCGAGACCAUCACAGCUCAUAUGCAUGCCAAAGUCAACGUUCCUCUGGCCCUGAUGCACGUGGAUCAAUUCUUUCUCCGCGCCAAUGCGCAGAAGCUGCAGGGCGCAGAAAGCGUGAAGGCCCUGAGCCGCGCGGCCUCCUGUCCGCAGGCGUCUGGAAGAUUUCUUGGGCAUGCUCCGCCUUUCCCUCGUGGGGUUCAGCAAUCUGACAACUCCAAGCAGCAGCUAAGCAUUUCCCCCCCAUGGUCCCUUCAGCAACCGUUCACAUACGGCUCUUGCUAA